AUGUCAAGCGAUAAAGAGAUGGAUCCGCCUAAGAUCAAGAUAGUUUAUCCUGACGUGGAUGCGGAUAGUAUCACAGAAUCGGAACUUAACCUUCUCCGCCUAAGCCCCGACCAUCUCAGCGACUCUUACAUCAAUAUACAAGCGGGAGACUUGGAGGAGCAACACUGUCGCUCUAGAGUGAACAGUGGUACCUCCGAGACUCUCCACACCACAAUGAAAGGGCUGUCCGUGCUCAGUCCCUCCAGUAAGAGGGGAGACAGACGGGAUUCGGCAAAAUCGAGGCAGUCGGAGAAAAGGGAUGCCUUGCUUAAUGCUGCUAGAGCAGCAGCAAGCAGCAGCACCGAUCACCGGCCGCAACCGAUUACCACCCCCUCUCCUGCAUCUCACCCAAUUACGCCUGACAACUUGCCCUCAGCUUCAACUGGGGACAACUCCGCUCUUUCACCGAGCGCUAACACGGCUGGGCCCGGAAACCCGACCAAGACUGCCCCCGACGGAGUAAAAUCCAAUGGGCUUGUCGAGAGAGGGGGACCAAACCCAACGGUUACGCGUUCGAACAGCAACAGGAGGUCCAGGGGCGGCAGGGGCAGGGGUAAGAACAAGAGCAAGAACGGUGCUCCUGUCAGCUCGGACAACCCCCAACUACAACACCAACAACAACAACAACCACAACAACAACAACAACAACAGACACAACAACAAGACCGGCAGCCAGAGUUUGAGGACGGGGAGGAUGAGGAGGAAUUGCUUCCCACCCCCGAAGAGAUAUACAGGAAGGGUGAUCCUGUGAUCACCCUUCUUGCUGUCAAGGAAGGGGAGGGUAGUGAUGCGAGCGAUCUCAUCGCCCGCCAACUUUUCCUCGUCCCACAGCCUCUGGUAAUUACGUCGUUAGUACCGAUACCUGGUGGAUCGCGAUUAGAGCUGGCGGACCUGGCGUCUGCGGAGGUGGUAACAGCGUGCCUUGAAAAGGCAGGCUGGACAGUCACCUCCCAGGACGUUUGGAGCCGGUACGCCUUUUACGUGCCAAAUCAGUUAUCGGGGAAGGGACCUAGUGAUGUUGGUCUUGACCCUCAUACUAUAGUACGGGGACUAAUGCUGAGGAACGUAGCGCAUGGUCUACCAUGCAGCUCUCUGAGGCACGUGUCCAAUACCUGGGAGACUGUGGAAGUUCAGCAACAGGAAGGCGGGGUGCCCGAACCAAAAGGUCCUAGUACUGGUCCGGUGAGGGAAACUGCUGAUGCUGAACUCCACGUCUCCAACACCAACACUAAUGCAAACCCCACCACCCCCACCACCAAUACUAUUCCAACCGAUACCACCCCCACAAACAACAAUAACAUACAACGACAUAAGACACGCAGAGGUGGAAGGGGCAAGAAGACCACCUCAAAAACUACAGCCAAAACAGGUAAAACUCAUUUUGAACAUUACUCUGUUACCCAAAUCAACCUCAAACGCAAGUACAACGCCUGGAAAACCCUGCUAGUGAACACUCACGGCAGGAAAAAUCCUAUUAUACUUGCUACGGAACCAUACACAAACAACAAGAACCAUAUCCCAACUAUAAGCAAGGACCUAACUGAGUAUUAUUAUAAGGCCGGGGACAUUAGGCCACGUGCCGCCGUAGUAAUACACAAAAACCUAGCCGUCAAAAGCUGGGAACUGCUGCAAUUUACAACCCCGGACCAGGUAGCCAUUAAGAUCCAACUAAGCUCAACAGAAGUAAUUCUGGCAGCUUCGUACAUGGAUAUUAAUGGCCCUGCUCCAUCCCACGAGACAACACCUUUAGCCAAGUAUGCUAUUGAUAACAACAUACCGCUUAUCAUAGGGUCUGACACCAACUCCCAACACACUCUCUGGGGUAAUAGGAUGUGCAAUAGUAGGGGGGAGGAUCUCCUAGAUUUCCUCUCGUCACUAGGGCUCGCCUGUUCCAACAGAGGGUCAACACCCACAUUUCUCAACUCACGCGGUCAUAAUUCCAUUAUUGAUCUCACCAUAACUAACCAAAAGGGGGCGGAGCUGAUCAGCAACUGGCACGUUAGCGAUCUUUACUCUAACUCAGACCACAGAUAUAUUAUGUUUGAUAUAACAUCCGGCCCCAAAAAAGAACCACGUCAAAUACGACUAGUCAAGCACACUGACUGGGCGAAAUUUGACGAGAUUCUACAGAACAACAACGACCUCCACAGUAACGGCAUUAUCACACCCCAAGAAAUCGACCUAAAGGUCAACACCUUAAACUCUGCUCUCAGGACAGCCUUCGAGGAGGCAUGUCCUAUAACUUACAUCUCGAGUGCGGUCCGCAAACCUCCCUGGCUAACUCGAGAAGUCGAGGAAGCUCAGAGGGGAAUAAGACGCAAACUCAUUACAGCCCGCAGAAAGAAAACUGACGCUUCGUGGCUUGCUCUCCGAGAAAGCAACAAGCAAUACAACAAGAUCCUGUCAAACUCCCAGCGCAAUGCGUGGCGGAACUUUUGCAGAGACACAGAAUCGGUCAAAGAAUCUGGAAGGAUGAGCAAGAUUCUGAAAACCUGUACUGACACCAACAACAAACUAGAAGCCAUUUAUAAACCCAACGGAGAACUCACCAAAAACGCAGAGGAGACACUGGAGGUCAUGACUCAAACCCACUUCAGGGAGAGUGUUACUGAUCCGCCAGUCCCGCCCCUCGGCCCAAUACCCAUCUCCUCAGACUUACUAGACAAAAUCUACAGCCCUGAAAGAAUCGAGAAGGCCCUCAUGUCUUUCGAUCCUUUAAAGGCUGCAGGACCGGACACCCUGAAACCGAUCAUCUUCCAGAAAGCCUGGAACCAUAUCAAAGAUAUAACACAAAACAUCAUGACAAAUAAUCACAAAACACAACACAUCCCUACUUUGUGGAGGGAUUCCAUCGGAAUCUUCCUCCCCAAACCCGGCAAAACCGACUACAACAAGGCUAAGUCUUUUCGCACAAUCACUCUCUCACCUGUGAUGCUAAAAUUACAGGAGAAAGUGAUUCUUUGGCACAUGCAACACGACCUCAACAUAGCAAAUGACAUAAACAAACGUCAAUUCGGCUUUAGGAAGGGCUGCUCAACAGAAGCGGCUCUUCAUAAAGUUACCCACACCAUUGAGCGCAGAAUAGCUAAGAAGGGAUAUGUCCUAGGAGUUUUUCUUGACAUAGAGGGCGCCUUCGACAACGUCUCGUUCAAAGCUAUUUCUGAUGCAGUCAGGGCCACGAAAGUGGACCUAGCUACAGCGCAAUGGAUCAUCAACAUGGUCACUAAUCGCUUUAUCAAUCUAAGUCAUAAGGAUAAGUCGAGAAGGGUACAGAUCAGGAGAGGCUGCCCACAGGGAGGCAUCCUUUCUCCUUUUCUAUGGAACCUGGUAGUCGACGAUCUCCUCUCCUUUACUGCGAAGGACAUACCGGGUUACCUGCAAGCCUUCGCAGAUGACCUGGCUUCACUAGCAGAAGGAAAUGACCUGGACAUCAUCUGGAACCGCACAUGCAAAACCAUCAAUACGAUAGAAAAAUGGUGCCAAACCAAGGAUCUAUCUAUCAGCGCACUCAAGACUCAGAUAGUCAUGUUUACCUGGAAUACUAAGUGGACUUUGAGACCAAUAAAAGUUGGCAACAACAUUAUAGGUCUCUCGAAGUCGGCUAAAUUCCUAGGUGUGACAUUAGACAGCAAACUCAAUUACAAUGAACAUAUCAUCAACAUCACCAAAAAAGCCACGGCAUCCCUCAUGCAAUGUCGAAGAGCUGUCGGCCCCACAUGGGGUAUGAGCCCUAAAACUUGUAAAUGGAUGUUCACAGCGGUCAUUCGACCCAUUCUGUCCUACUGCUGUAGUAUAUGGAUCAGGGCAAUUGACACGGACUACAAUGCGAGGAAGCUCAAACGUGUGCAGGCAUUGGCACUGAGAAUGAUGUCUGGUGCCAUGCCAAGUACACCCUUCCUCGCAUUGAAUCACCUUACUGACACCCCAGACACCAUACUAUUCCUGAGGGGCGAAGCAGCGAAGGGAGCAGCAAGGCUUCAAGCCUACGGCAGCCUCACUCUUGAAACUAUCGCCCACAGGAAGGGAACUAUCAAAAACCACACCACAAUCAACAAACAAUUCAUGGAGGAUCUCAACAUACCACCUAGAGCCACAAGAGACCUCACAGCACCAACCAUGAUGCUGGGACGGCACUUCACCGUCACCACUCCUGGAACUAACAACACUGAAUACAGAACCGCACUCCAACACACCAUCGACAACAUUACCAGUGAAACGAUCACCUGCUACACAGACGGGUCUCUAUCAGACUCCGGAAGUGGGGCUGGGUACAUCAUCACGACUGACAACAACAACACCAUCCUGGAAGAGAGAUCAUUCAAGCUCCCUGAUUAUUGCACUGUCUACCAGACGGAGCUUACUGCAAUCAUUGAAGCCUGCAAGUAUCUCUCAUCCUACACCAAUUCACACAUCAUUAUAUGGUCUGAUAGUCUCUCCUCCAUACAAGCUAUUUCCUCGCUUUCAACGAGGAGCAGAACUACUAGAGACUGUUAUGACACCCUUAACGCACUCGGAUCGAACAACACUCUAGAGAUCCGAUGGAUCGCAGCCCAUAUUGGGUUGUGGGGAAAUGAAAAAGCGGAUGAGCUGGCCAAGCUUGGCACGACCAGCGAACACGUUUUGAAAUGCCCAAUCCCUCAAUCUUACAUCAAACGACAAAUCAACAACAAAGUCCACAGACUGAAUCAGGAUAUCUGGUUAACGGAUGGUCCUAGACACACCAAACUAACACUUGGCCAAAAGCACACCAAAAUAAUCAAUAAUAUAAACACGUCACUCAUCAACAAUAGACAAGACUAUAGAACCGCAGUCCACCUAAUCACGGGCCACUGUGGCUUAAACAAACACCUUCACACCAUCCGCAAAUCUAGCACCAGUGCUUGUCCUAUGUGCGGUGACGGAGAGGAAACUGUCUCACACUUUCUUGGACAGUGCCCAGCUAUUGCCCAACUAAGAGGUCAAUACUUUCGGGACUACUACCUCUCGGUCAACGACAUAUUCGACAACCACCACAUUACCACAAUCGUCAACUUCACAAACCGCACCAAACGCUUAAUAGUACCAGAAGAACUGGAUCAGACUGGCGUAACUUAG